AUGUGCAAGGCUCGCUACGUUCCUUGGCAGUUUACCUUUCAUUUUAUCGCUAUUUAUGCGAAACACACUAGAGCAGACAGAUCCCAGUUAUGGACACAACUUUCAGAUUGUAUAGAUGAUAAUAGACCACUACUUCUGGCAGGAGACUUUAAUGUAAUUUCAAGCAUCUCAGAGCAUAGAGGCAAUGCUCUUCCGGAUGUCAAUUGCAUUUUUGAUUUUUCCAACUUCAUUACCGAUAAUUCGCUUAUUGAUCUGGCUACAAUAGGCAGCUUAUACACAUGGCAUGGCAUCCGUAAUACAGGUGCUGUCUGGAAACGGCUGGAUCGUUUCCUGAUGAAUCCACCUCUAAGAGAUUACUUUACGGAGGUUCGAAUAAAUGUCUUAGCCAGGACGUCUUCAGAUCAUUCCCCGAUCCUCCAAAGCGGGACUAAUAACACUUUGUCAUGCCCAAAACAGUUCCGUUUUCAAACAAUGUGGACUUCCCAUCCAGAUUUCAUCAAUGUUGUUAGACUAAAUUGGAACCAGCAGGCUGAUGGAGGAGGAAUGCGGGCUCUGGCUUUUAAAAUAAAGCGCCUCAAACGUUGCCUCCGAAUUUGGAAUAGAGAUACUUUCGGGAACGUAUUUGAUCGUAUUCGAGUCCUGGAAUCUAGUGUGGCAGAAGCAGAGAACACCUUUGAUGAUGAUCCUUCACCAGGUAGUCGGGAAUCACUUCAUAAACUCCAGGCUGAUCUCCUACAAGCUCUCAAACAGGAGGAAAUGUUUUGGAAGCAAAAGGCUAGAGUGAAAUGGCUAAAAGAGGGAGAUUCCAACACCCGAUUUUUUCACGCUGUGGUUAAGGACAGGCAUCAGAGACAGAGAAUAAGUGCUAUCAAAUCAGGUACGGGGGAGCUGCUCACAACUCAACCGGCUAUUCAGACGGAAGAGGUAUCCUUCUUUUCUGGUUUAUUUUCAGCAGAGGACUGCCCAGGAAUGGAGGCUUUACUUCAGUGCCUACCGGUGGGCGUGCUUGACUCAGAUAAAGCCGCCUUAUCUCUGCCCGUCACGAGAGAAGAGGUUAAAGAGGCAGUCUGGAAACUAGAUCCGGACAGUGCAGCUGGCCCAGAUGGUUUUUCGGGCGCCUUCUUCCGUCAUUGCUGGGACAUUAUUAAAGAUGAUCUUUACAUGGCAACCUUAGACUUCUUUGCUGGUGUACCCGUUCCCCGUGCUAUGGCAAGCGCUCAAAUAGUGUUGAUUCCCAAAAAAUUGAACCUGGACACAUUCGCGGAUUACAGACCAAUAUGCCUUUUCACUUUUGUCAGCAAGGUCUUUACAAGAAUAAUAGCCUCUCGGCUAAGUACAAUCCUACCCAAAAUCAUCUCAAGGGAGCAAGCUGGUUUUUUGCAGGCAGAAGCAUUCAAGAUAAUGUUUUAUUGGCUUUUGAACUGCUACAACAUAUAA